AUGGCAACAAAUACAAAAUGCCAUAAUACUGAUACAUUGGUCCUUAAUAGUUUCAAUUAUAUGCUAGAAGAAUAUGAAAAAGAUACUAGCUUGGUUGUCAAAUUGGAAAAUGCUAUAGCUGAAACUGCUGAUAAGGGUAAAAAAAAAGCUACCAAUAUAGCUGUAAGGCUUAAAGUUUGGUUUUCAGAUAUACUCGAAUGCUUUGUAGGUUACCAGGCUGUCACUCGAGUCUUGGAGUUAAUUUGGGUUGCUAUUGGCAUUAAGAUCUUCAAUUAUUCUAAUUUAGUAACCCACUUUUUAUCUUAUAUUAAUGAGGAACCGCAUUUCCAAGAAUUACUUCAAAAUGUUUGUUCUGCUAAUUCAACCCAACCUGAAUACUUUUUCAGCUUUGAUAAAGUAUUAAAACGUUUUGGGUCUGGUAUACUUAAAUAUGAUACCUUCCCUGAAGAUGAAGUUAUUAAAAUUUCAAAACAACUUCAAGAACAAAAUAAUUAUUGGAAUAUGCAACGUGUUCGGGUAUACUGGGAUAAUAAUCGCUACAACAAAAAAAAAGUUUAUCCUGAUAU